AUGUAUACUGAUGAGGAUAUGAAUAGUGUACAAGACGAAAAUCCAAUAGAAGAACACAAUGUCACAAAAAAGUCGGUAUCGACAGUUGGCUUUCGUAAUAAUCCCGAAAAUCAAAACGCCAGACCUCUUGCUUUACGUUCAACGCAAUCAUUUACCGGGGCUAUUGAGGAGCUUCGAUUUUGCAACAACUUCCAACGAGUGCAUCUGAGUAGCCGCUCGAAUGUAGCGUUAGUACCACCCUUGGCCGCUGUUUGCCCUUGCGGCUGCCUGCUGCGCGCGGCUGCGGUGGGACCCUUCAGAACUAGAGAAAAGAACACUCUUGCUCUUCACGUUGUGGCACCCGAUGUAUUAAAUUAUCACGGCUAUAAUUUCGAACCGUGUCAAAUAGCUAUGUUUUGGAAGAAAGAUUGUAGAAUGUUUUUGUGGAAAGGAAAAUCAAAGAAAACAAUUACAGAGGCCCCUGCAAAG